AGCAGGAGGAGGGCGUGGCUUGUCGGGAAUAUGGGCGGGAAAAAUAGCAGCUAGCAUAAACUAAAUGAAAGCAGGAGUCAGAAGGGAGGAAAUGGACUGCAUUAACGCAAAAUACGUGUCACAGAAGAUCAGUAAAACGCGAUGGAGGCCCGUGUCAGCGGCUUCGUUACAGCAGCCCGAGGUGUUCGCGACAGGCUCGUGGGACAAUGAGGAUAAUAAACUGUGUGUGUGGAGUGUGGGAGAGAAUGCAGGCGGCAUCAUGGAGGAGGAACUGGAGGGAGAUCCGCAGCUGCUGUGUGAAUGUGACCACGGCGGGGAUGUGCUGGACCUCCAGUUCUUAGAUCAAGACAGACUAGUUACAGCAUCAUCGACCGGAGCAGUGACUGUCUACAAACUCCAUCCUGACAGCCAGACUCUGUCCGUGGCUCACGUGUGGGAUCAGGCACAUCACUAUCAGAGCGCUAACGCUCCGUGCACUGGAGUGGCGUGUAACAGUCCGGAGCUGGUUUCUGUGGGGGAGGACGGGAGAGUCGUCCUCUAUAAAGCCGAUCAGAGGGGCAUCGUCCGUGUCAUCGAAAACGCAGACAGCAGCACGAUCCAUGCCGUGACGUUUCUGCGGACGACUGAAGUACUGACGGUGAACUCCAUCGGACAGCUGAAACUCUGGGACUUCAGGCAGCAGGGCAGCGAACCUGCUCAGAUCCUCGCACUCACCGGGGACAGGGUUCCCUUGCACUGUGUGGACCAACACCCGAACCAGCAGCAUAUAGUGGCCACCGGAGGCCAGGACGGCAUGCUGUGUAUCUGGGACGUGCGGCAGGGCAACAUGCCCUUCUCUCUCAUGGAGGCUCACUCUGCUGAAAUGUGGGAGGUGCAUUUUCACCCGACAAACCCAGACCACUUGUUCACCUGCUCUGAAGACGGCUCUCUGCUGCACUGGGAGACAUCCUCGGGGUCUGACGCCCCCUCGUUCCUGCAGGGACGCAACAGCAGCAUGAUGUCGCGCAGCGCCGCGGCCCCUGCAGGCGGAAACCAGUCCCUCAUCAGCGCCUGGCUCAACGGAGACUCCAGCAAAGGCAGACUGGAGACCACACACAUGCUCCCCAGCCAGACGCUCUCCGUCAACAGUCUGGAUGUGCUCGGACAGUGCUUAGUGUGCGGGACUGACGGGGAGGCGGUUUACGUCCACAGACGGGUCCCUGUGUGACAUCGUCUGUCUUUGAACAUACCGAACAAAUGUGUUUGCUGAUUGUGUAAUGCACUUGGAUUAAAUAAAUAAUAAUAAAAAAAAUUA